AUGAACACCGCUGAUCUGAGGUCUCGUAUGACAUUUGAAAUAUUCGAUCCUGAUGACAAGUGUGUAACCAAAAUGGAAAAUCUGGAUAAUUAUCGUACUUUUUUUGGCAUUAUCUAUACUCUACUUGCAGUAUUAUCCUUGGCUUGCUUAAUUAUUGUAACUGUUACGCUCUAUGUUAUUAAUCGUACCAGAAAGAUUUUGGCAUACGUAUUCAUAAACUUUUUGAACAUUACGCAGUUAAUUUACAUGUUGCCAACGUUUGUCAUUGUUUUACCGUGUACACUUACUGAUUGUCAGUAUUAUACGGAUCGUAUAACAAUGAUAUUUGCUUGGCCGGACACUUUUGGUUUUUAUGCCGGUGCUGGAAUCAACUGUCUUAUUGCCCUUGAACGAUUGUCAAUAUUUCUGUUGCCGUCAUCGCAUAAAGUUCUUGAAAAAUAUGCAAAAGUUUGGUGCUCAAUUCCAUGGCUUAUUGGCAUUGCUUUUCUUGCUUUUACAAAUUCUAUUACAUGCCACAAAUGGUACAAUAAAUUCUCUAUGCAAUACACUUAUGAAUGCGGAAAUUGUACCAUUUUUAAUACAGUCAAUUUGCAGUUUGUUUUUUUAACUUUUACACUUAGCAUAUUUGUUAUUAUGGUUUGUGGAUAUGUUGUUGUUGUGAUUGCAAUAAAACGUAAACGGAAACUACACGGUAUUUCAUCGGGAGCUGGUCCAGAAAUUCAGUUAGUUGUAGUUGGUAUCGGAAAUGUUGGUCUUCAACCCUUUGCCAUUCUAAUCUUCAACAAAACAGUUCGAAAUGGCUUUAUAUCACUUAUUUCUCUUAACCGGCGAAGAGUAUUUAUCUUGAACAGUGUUCAAGUUGCAGUGUCAUAA